GAUCAUUCUAUCAAGGAGGAAGAGGCAAACCCAAAAAACGACCCUGAUUGUGACUUCGAAGCCACCCCUUCUGCACAUAACUCUCCUUCCUCUGAAACAGAUAUGUUCCACAUCCCCUUGAUCACUGCGGAGAGGUUGGAAGCUGCUUCUACAAUUAGACGGGUUUUAGCCUCGGGGCCCUACUGCUCUUUUAGGACUGUGGCUACCGUCAUUCCUCCGCAUGCACCCCCACAACAGUCUCGGGAGCAACAAUAACAAGAAGAACAAAGGCAAUAACAACGGAAGACACUACUGAGGCCCCAAUAAUAAUGACAAUCAUGUAGUGAGCCCCCUUUGGAUCGAAGUGGCAAUCGGCAUGGUCAUGAAGAUGACUCAUCCAUUGAGAGUCGAGUAAAGCAUCACUAUGGUGUCCCGACCUUUUUAGUUGAGUGGGCCCUUUGCGCCUUUACUCAUAUGGGGAAGGCUGUCCUGGAAACCGACUCUAUCAUUCAUUCCCCUGAUGUGGUUCUUGCUGUUAGCAUGACCUUGCACUUGGAGGCGAACAUGGCUAUAUUGGAUAAGUACGGGGACAACCGCCUUCUUCAGGGAGUGAUUUAACAUAACUUGGUGCUUGCUAGUAAAUGGGAGUCAUCAUUGAUUGUUUAUCGGACAAUUGGACCAAAAUUGAGAAGUCCUAGGCCAAAUUGGAGAAACAGAAUCUCCAUAUUGGCUAGGUGAAAAAGAUAGUGGGCGACCAAAUGAAGAACAUUGUCGACAUUAUCCGUUAAGUCGAGGGCUUGUCCUUUGAAUUGGAGAAAAAUAAGACGUCUGAGGCAGAGGUUGUGAAGAGGAUGGAAGAGGCCGAACUUAAAGUCUCAGAUGCAAAGACUAAGUUAUUGGAGGCCAAGGCUAACUGCGCGACGUUGACUUCAAAGGUGUAGGUGCUCGAGGAAGAGAAGGCCGAGGAGGGAGAGAGAAUUAAUGCCAGGAUCAGUUCGUCAUGACCUUUGAUGAUGGAAAAAACAAGUCCUUCAAAAAGGGCUGGGAUGAGGUGCACCAAUCUGUUGGGGUGGAUGCCAACUCCAAACUCUUUUCAUGACAUAUUUAUGUACUCUAGCAUGCAGUCGGUGCUGCAGUGGCCCCUCAAGAGGCCCAACCGAGUACAAUACGAUGAUCCAGCUAGUAUCAGCCGAGGCGGUGGCAGAGGAAAGGGCGGUAACCAUAAAUAAGCCCAUCGCCCUAAGUGAUGGGGAUUCAGAGGAAGAAAUGCCCCCCUCUUCGGCUCCUUUCCCCUACCUUUCCUAUGCAUCCUUGUGACCCUUCGAUUCUCGACACCACUGCAAUCAAUCCGAGUAGGGCUGAAUUCGGGGAACUCGAGGACAUGCUUGCCGACCUAGGUGGGGAAGGUUCUUUGAGGAGGCAUUAGGUUGGACUCGAUGGCGAGGACCUUGGCGGUGACCUUGGUGACAACGCUCGACCUUGAAACUUCUAGGACCUUGAUGGGAAUGCCUAUGUCUUGUCUUUUUUCUUCUUUUAUGCUUGGAGAACGUAAAGACUCUUGUUUGUCAAUGCGUUUUCAUUUUUGUUCACUUGUAGGCUUCAACUUUUAUGCAUGUUUUUCUGGGAGUCGUGCUCCAUGUGGAAGCAUUCCCUAACGACCAAUCCUGAGGCUCGUUAACUUUUUGAUGGCGG